AUGUCGGCCGACAAGAUCCCUUCUAUCGCUGAGUCUUCCCUGACGAACAACGGCGAACGCACUGUCGUCGUGUCCGACCUUGCUCCUGGGGCAGCGGCGCCACCUCAUUACCACACUGAUUUUACCGAAACAUUCACGCUGGUCAGUGGCGGAAUGACCGUCUUCCUCUCCCCAGACAUGGACGAGGCGAACCUCAAGCCAAUUGCCCUGGAAGUCGGGGAACCGGUCACCGUCCCCUUGAACACGCUUCACUCCUUUGUCGUUCCCGACGAGCUCACCCAUGUCAAGGUCGUCUUCAAUCCCGGCACCCUCAGUUUCGAGAAAACGAUACUCAUCAUGCGAGGACUGCAGGCAGAUGAGGUCUACACUCACUUCAGCAGCCCGACGUCGGAAGCGGGUGCGAUGUUUUACGCAGUGAUGAGUGACCUGACCAACACUGUGUUCGUUGGGAAGGCGAAGACGGACUUGGAUCAGCUUCUCGCAGCCAAAGGCAGUGAAAUCGAAGCCACAAAGCAAGCCUGGAUCGCCAAAUACGCGUCGGAGAAGCACUUGAAGCAAGCUGCGGGCAUCUUCACAAGAUCAGCCCACUCAUUUUGGGCGGAUGACGCCGCCGCAAUGGACAAUGCAAAUCCAUCCGAGGGCGACGAAGACCACGUUUCGCCCACCGAAAUCAACCAGAUCUUGCGACGCAAGCGGAAAGCCCGCGAGCGCAGGGCUUGCUACCCAUGCCGACAGCGCAAAGUCAAGUGUAAUUACGAGACUCCCUGCCAACGAUGCAUUGAUCGAGAUCACGUAAACCUCUGCUCCUACCAACAGGUGCCGAAAGGAAUUGUCGACACUCCGUCCACAUCGAAGCCCGCGUCUGUCCUCAACGAUGCGCCAUCCGGGAGGGGUCUGGACUGGAACCAGCUCUGGUCCAAGUUGCAGGCCAUUGAAGCUUCUCUGCGCGAUAUCAAGACUGAAAUAGCCGGCCACGUGCAAUUUCCAGACAAAGCGGGCCCCUCUCUCAGACCCUCUAUUUUGCCCUCUCCCCAGGGACAAAGAGAAAUACACACAGCUUCCGCUGCUACACCAGGAAUCCCCUCGCGAAGUGGUCUCGUCGCCGAUGGCUCCGUCCACCUGGGACGUAACUCGGUCCCUGCCAUGGCCCUCGCUCUUGGUGGCGGGAAUGACGAGCAAGCCUUGCAAACCGUCGUGGGAAAUGCCGUCUUGCCUCUGUUCGGCCUCGACAAUGAAACGGCGACGUAUCCUUUCACAGACCUCUGGGGAUUGACCGACACUGCUUCUCGAGUCGGGGAGGUCUGUAAAUUGAUCCCCUCGGACGCUGAUUGCUUCCAGUAUCUGCGACAUUAUCGCGACAAUGCCCAUGUACUAUACCCGGCAGUCGUGAAUAUUGAUAUGUUCGAGUCUGAGUUGACCGCAUUUCUCGUUACCCGCGCAGAUCCUAGGUCUCAACUGGCUGCCUACGUUGAUGAGUCUUCAGAGAUAUAUGGACGUACAGUCCACUGGAUCAGCUUACUGUUUGCGUGUCUUGCAUCAGGGUGUCAAUGCUCGUCGUCACCCCGAAAGGGACGUCAGUUAACUGCGCAGGUCUAUGUGUGUUGUGCAUAUGAGUGUUUGCGCAUCAGCAACCAUCUAUCGAGACCAACGCCGGUUGACAUCCAGUCCCUUCUAGUAAUUGGAAAUGUGAUUGCCAACAACAUGAACGCAGGUGUUGCUUGGUCACUGCUUGGUCUCACAGCCAGGUUGGCCCAGACCAUUGGUCUGCACGAGCCCGCAGAGCUUUCUGCGGCACCAGAGUACGGACGUCUUCGGGAGGAGAUCUGGUGGCGCAUUGUAUGGCAAGAUAGCUUGCUCUCAAUCCUCUUCGAUCGAUCCCCCGCCACGUUCACUGUUGCUUCUCGGCGACAACACAGCGCGUCGGAAAUUUCCGGCAACCUCUCCUACAUCGAAUGCAUGAAGAGGUUGUGCGCAGCAAUACUCGACAUCGUUCGAGAUCGAUCAGUUACGGGAGACACGACCCAGGAGGUCCACCUCGUUCUGAAGCACCGCGACAGGCUAAACGCUAUUUUAGCCGAUGCCGCACCGCAUUUGACGACUGUCUCUGCGUGUCGAUCGAUGAGACACCAGCUCGAGCAUUGGAACCUCUCGCUUCAUCUAUCUUAUGUGAUGUUCGACCUACAUCGAGCGGCACUUCGAUUCCACAGGGACCCAGCCCUAGGACAUUUACGAGAAGCAUGCAUCAACGGCCUAGCUGGAACAGUUAAUGCCUACCUCGGUCUGCAAAGGGUAUCGUCGACUACCAGAACUUCGUGGAUUGCCAUGCAACGCGCUCUCAGCUCUGCCCUCCUUCUGGGCAUAAUCAGGGAGCACACGAAGAGCAGUCAUGUCCAUGCACUUCUUCAGGAUCUCCUGACGGUUAUGACCAAUCUUAACGCAGAUACUGAUCCCACAGAGGUGCCAGCGCCCAUGGCAAGAGGUAUUAUGGCUCUGCGUAUCUUUUUGCAAGGCCCUGACGCCAUGGAAAGUGACAACAGUACUUGGUCAUUCCUCGGGCAUGACAGGGGUCAGAAGUCUCAGUCGGAAACGACGUCCAUGGCCUCCCCAACGCUGUCUGAAAAGUCGCCAUAUGGCCACAGCCCGUUCUCCCUGCUGGGAGAUAUCCUCUGGGGUACUCAGUCUAUGCACGUUCAGGGACUCUACCGCCGAGCUUGA